UGACGUCAGCGGCUCCACGGCGCCUGAUUGGCUCGCUGAGGGACGCGCCGUCGAAGUAGAAGGUUCAGCUCGCAGUCGCUCCCAAGUUCCGUCGUCGUCGUCGUCGUCGUCGUCGUCGUCGGCUGCGGAGGCCGAGCAGGGACCCCAGCCAGCCCGCCACCCAGGACUAUGUGGAGCGCCAAGGACAUCGCCGGAGGGGGAUAGCCCCGAGCAGGCUGGCCCAGGAGGCUCAAGGCAGGACUCCCGCUGGGCUGAGCCCACCACGUGGUGGUGCAAUCGAUGGGGAAGGGAAGGGGCUGACCGGCCAGGCGGCUUCAGGGCGGCCCCUGGCCCACACUGAAGGGGGACCCCCAGCCAGAGCCUCCUCCCCUCUGGAACCUUCUGUCAGCUGUGGGUGAACUGAGGAUGAAGCACGAGUCGGGAGCCAGGACAAGGACAUCGGAUUUGAAAUUAAGCCCGGAGGAGCAGUUAACCGCGAGAGAAGGAGAUCGGGGGCAGAGACACCCCUAGAUCACAGGGCGCAUACCGGUUCUGGGACGGCGGUGUGAGCGACAGGGUAACAUCACUGCACAAAUCCAUCCCGCAAGUGCGCCCCAGAGUCCCUCCUGUGUGCAGACACCCCGCUGAAGCUACCACCGCGAACUCCUACAAACCUCCCCGCCCUUGUCAGUCAGGCUUACAGUCCAGAGAGAAGAGCGAUCGCUUCGGGCAAGUAGGCUUCCUCCCACACGGGCCCAUGAGACUCCUGAGCUGUGGCCACUGGAAUGGCCACAGGGAAACCGCAGAUACAGAAGAGAACAGAAAGCGGGUCAGGACGCGCAGGACGCCGCUAGACAGGCUGGGAUGACUUCCAUCGCGAGAUCCUGGGCCACUUGCGCUUCCUUCUCCACCGUCCGCUUCCUCUUCAUCAUCGUCGUGGCGUCUACCGUCUUCCACUGCCACUGGCGCCUGGCCGUGGUGCCCGGCCCCUGGGCCUACUCGGGCCGCGUCGUCCUGCUCCCCAGAUCUCUGCCCCGGGGCGGCAUGCUCACCGUCAACGCCCAAGGGCGCCUGGGGAACCAGAUGGGGGAGUACGCCACCCUGUACGCCCUGGCCAAGAUGAACAGGCGGCCCGCCUUCAUCCCGGCCGAGAUGCACCGCGCGCUGGCGCCCAUCUUCCGGAUCAGCCUCCCCGUCCUGCACCACACCGCGGCCGGCAGGAUCCCCUGGCGGAACUACCCCCUGAACGACUGGAUGGAGGGCCGCUACCGCCACAUCGCGGGCGAGUACGUGCGCCUCACCGGCUACCCCUGCUCCUGGACCUUCUACCACCACGUGCGCGACGAGAUCCGGCGCGAGUUCACCCUGCACGACCACGUGCGGGAGGAGGCCCAGGCGUUUCUGCGGCGGCUGCGGGUGGGCGGGCGGCGGCCGGGCACCUUCGUGGGCGUCCACGUGCGCCGCGGCGACUACGUGCACGUCAUGCCCCGCGUGUGGAAGGGCGUGGUCGCCGACCGCGGGUACCUGGAGCGGGCCCUGGGCUGGUUCCGGGCCCGCCACCGCGCCCCGGUCUUCGUGGUCGCCAGCAACGGCAUGGCCUGGUGCCGCGAGAACAUCGACGCCUCCCGCGGCGACGUCGUGUUGCCGGCCAAGGACUUCGCGCUGCUCACGCAGUGCAACCACAGCGUCAUCACCGUGGGCACGUUCGGGAUCUGGGCCGCCUACCUGGCGGGCGGGGACACCAUCAACCUGGCCAAUUUCACCCUCCCGCACUCCCCCUUCCGCUGGAUCUUUAAGCCCCAAGCAGCCUUCCUGCCGGAGUGGAUGGGCAUCGCUGCUGACCUUGGCCAGGCCAGAGAGAACAGCCCCUAGC